AUGAAGGGAUUUACCGCCGGCGCUACGGCACUCUUUGUCGCGGCGGCUGCCGCCUGUGAUAGCUGCUAUGGCCCCAUCAACCACGUCGAGCAUGUCCGGCACGCCAAGCGCAUCCAGCCGGGCGCACCGGAGGCCACCUACGGUCCGACACGGCCGCUCGAAUGGGGCCAGUUCAAUGUCCUCCACACGACGGAUACCCACGGCUGGCUCGAGGGCCACCUGAAGGAAGCAAACUAUGGCGCCGACUUUGGCGACUUCAUUUCCUUCACGGCGCAUAUGAAGCAGCAGGCCCAGAGCUUGGGUGUCGACCUGCUUCUCAUCGACACGGGUGACCUGCACGACGGAACGGGCCUCAGCGAUACCACCUCGCCCGACGGCCUGCUCUCCGACAAGGUCUUUAGCGAGCUGAGCGCAUACGAUCUCCUGACCAUUGGCAACCACGAGCUCUACCUGGCGGACGUUGCCUACCACACCUUCAACGAUUUCAGCUCGUUCUGGGGCGACAAGUACCUCACGUCCAAUGUGCAGAUUAUCAACCCGGACACCCAAGAGUGGGAGUACGUCGGCAAGACGCACCGCUACUUUACGACGGAGAAUGGUCUCCGCAUCAUGGCGUUUGGCGUCCUGUUUGACUUCACAGGCAACACCAACUUCUCCAAGGUCAUCCCGGCGUCGGAGAUGGUUAAGCAGUCUUGGUUCACCGACGCCAUCAACACGAACGAGCCCGUGGACCUUUUCCUCCUCAUCGGCCACAACAUUGCGCGUCCCUCUACCAGCGGCAGCACGUUCCAGGUCGUCCACAACGCCAUCCGCGCCAUCCACACCACCACGCCUAUCCAGAUCUUUGGUGGCCACAGCCACGUCCGCGAUUUCGCCGUCGUCGAUGAAGCCAGCACGGCUCUCGAGAGCGGCCGCUACUGCGAGACUGUCGGCUGGUUCUCUAUGAGCGGCUUCAACGAGACCAACAGCGGUCGCACGGGCGCCGCGAACCCCAGCGGCGUGGUCAACCCGACUCGCAAGGCGAUUGCUGUCAAGUCAGACCAGACGGAGACGGCAUCGCCCUUUGUGUACUCGCGUCGCUACCUCGACUGGAACCGCUACACCUUCCAGUAUCACUCCGUGGGCUCGUCGUCAUUCGACACCCCGGCCGGUCUCAAGGCCACGGACGACGUUGCCGCCAUCCGCACUCAACAGCGCCUCGGCGAGGUGUACGGCUGCGUGCCCGCCUUUUACUGCCAGACGUGCGUGCCCUUUGGCGAUCCGACCAACAUUUUCACCGUCAUGACCGACGCCGCCAGCGAGAUUGUGGUCAACCCCAACCGCGCCAACAAAGCCCGCAUGAUAUUUUCCAACACGGGCGGCAUCCGCUUCGACAUGCACAAGGGCCCCUUCACCUACGACGACAACUUUAUCGUGUCGCCCUUCCGCAACGUCUUCAAGUACAUUCCGGACGUGCCCUUUGCCGACGCCAACAACCUUAUUCACCAGCUCAACAGUGGCGGUGCCGACAAGCGCAGCCUUGCGUCUGUGGAUGCCAACACGCUGUUUGGCAGGGAUGCAUGCGUCGACCCCGAGGUCAGCCUCGCCCGCCGCGAUGCGUCUACCUCUACGCCUGACAGCUCCCUACUCGGAAUUGGCCGCCGACAGGUCCAGGAGACGAGCGGCUACAUCACCACCGACGACUUUGGCACCGACGGUGACGACACCGCGCACUCGUCGAUCCCCAGCUACUCUAUCCCUCUUUACUACAUGGCCACCGGUGGCUAUUCCAAGUGCCGCAAUCCGGACAAGGUUGAUGUUGUCUUUGUCGAUUUCAUCCAAUCCUACAUCCUGUCGUACCUCGGCUCAGCGUACUCCGAUGCGGACGUCACGCCGUACAUUUCUGAGAACUUUACCUCGCAGGACUACUUGCUCCCUUACGUUCAGAAGAAGUGGCAUGCCAACAUCGACAACUGCCCCCUGUGA